CGUUAAAAACCCUAAAUUUAAGGAGUCGCGUGAAGCAGUCAUCAUCGCCGUCAUACAUUUUAACUGUCUACGGCGCCGUCAGAAUCUAACCGACCAUGCAGACCUCAAUGACGAUGGAUCUACGACCAUCAGGUGACUCCGGUUCAUCUGAUGUUGAUGCUGAGAUCAGCGAUUGCUACUCACCGCUUGAUACGUCUCACGUCGCUGAUGAAGAAGGUUCGUUGUUGAGAAGAGCAGAGAUGUAUCAAGAGUACAUGAAGCAAGUUCCUGUUCCGACGAGUCGUGGCUCUUUGAUUCCGUUCACAAGCUGGGUUGGAUUAGGCAUGUCAAUCAAACAGCUUUAUCGUCAGCCUUUGCAUUACCUCACCAAUGUUCUGUUACAAGGUUGGGAUCAAUCAAGACUUGAUACUGAUUCUGAAGACCAGGCUUUGGAUUCAAUCAUUCAUCCUGCUAAAGCUGAAGCUACCAUCUGGCUUGUUGAAGAGAUACAUCGCGUCACUUCGUCUCCUCUUCACAUUGCUCAUCUCUGGAGUUCUGAUCCCAUCUAUCACUCUUGCAUUGACCCAAUCUUUCCUGAGCAAUGAAAUGUGAUGAACACCUCUCUUUUUGUAUCUACUUUGUUUCUGGAAACCUUGUUCAAGCAUUGAAAUGUGAAUCUUCCACUUUGUUAACUUGUAGACAAUGAAAUGUGAAUCUUCCUCUUUCCUCUUUUACUUCUGUUUCUGUAAUCACCAGAAGUCACCGCAAGAACACUUUCCUUGAUGGAUGAAAUGGAACCGGUUAUUGUCUCUUAGAA